CGCGCUGCGCGCGCCGCCCGCGCACACUUUCGUCUGCUGCCUCGACUCCGUUUUUCCUGUCCGUGCGCGCCAAGCACUUCGCUGCUGUGGCCGCUUCUCUUUUUAUUUCUCCCCCACUUCAUUCCCCCGUCAUUCUUCUGUCACUGUUUCUUCCUCGGAUCAAGCGAGCUGUUUCUCGGUCACAAAACUUCGUAGGUGCGCGCCAACCACUUCGCCGCCCUCUUCCUUCUUCAUCUCCCAACUCCGGUCCUCUUGAGCCAAAAGGCCAUCGUCACAAGUCGUCUCUACGCCUGUGUCUUCGGGCUAAAUAGCCCGCCACCCCCAGGGAUCUAACGCUUCCUCCGCGGCGUACUCGUUCCCGAAGUCAUCAAACCCAUCGCCUCCUCAUUCACAUUCUUCGUACAACUGCCAAGGCUGGAACCAGACUUACGCCGGACUCCUUUGGAAGAAGACCUCGGGGAAACUGUUAUCUACGCGGAUGAAAUCUACUGCACUCACAAACUCGGAUUAUCUACUUGGUUCUGAAGAGAAACCCACCGCCGUUACCUCGCAAGCUUCGUCCCGUCCACUUUUUUCUCGUUAAGUCGGCGGCUGCAGAAGUACUGCAAUAAGUGAUAUCCCCGGUGUUGUUGUUUCUGGUGUGUUUUUAUUACGUGUUAUACGUGAUUCGUGUGUUUGUCGUCGUAUUUAUUGAGCAUCGUGAUUGAAAGAGGUGUGCGAAGACCUGUCGCGCAAGAAGUCUACUUACCCGACCUGCUCUCGCAAGCUUUGUUGUGAGACUCGACGUAACUUAACGGGUGUGUGCUUCUUGCUCAAAAGAGACCGCGAGAAAAGUGGGGGUCCCUACCACCGUUUCGACCUUGAACGCUGCAGGUGUUCCGAGACAUUUUUUUUUUGCUGCUUUUACGUCAAGCCGGCCUCGCCUCCCCGCAUAAAUCGUGCCAGGUCGCCUUGUGGAAUUCAGGCCCAAAAACUUUUCACUCGGGAGAAAAGAAGCCUUUGCUCGAGGAGGAAGAUCUUUUUGUAACGUUGCGGCUUCAAGCGGCGUGGCACAGCUACAACCCUUUUCUGGAGCUCCUUUUUAUUCUGCGGCGUUUGAAAACGAACAGCCUACCAGAAGAAAAGAUUCGCAUGUAGAACCACCGCACUGUUAGUCGGCGGCGUGGGUGUUAUUUUUCGGUUUUUCUGGCCACGCAGUUGUGCUUCCUUAUUCUCUGGAACGGUGGGUUCCGGUGAGACCGUACCAACGACAGAUAGGAAUCGCCGUGUGCUUUUUUGUUGUUUUUAUUUUGGGUGUGUGAGCGGUGCGACGCCUACUUUGAGAGUGAGAGCGCGAAAGUUUGUGAAGAGGCGUUCUCUUUUCCCAGCGUGUUGCCAGUCAUCUGUGAAAGAAAGUGUGAACGAGAGAGCAAGUAACAAAAAUGCGUGGAUCGGACGAGCUGCUGACGCAGACCAACGCCGUGAGCAAUGGCACCAUCAUGAGCCCACAGAACAACCACAGUGAUAACAACAAUGAUGCCAAAAAGGUGAAGCUGGACACCGGCGGCAAAGGGGUGGUCGGAGCGGGCAAGCCCUCGCGGGUGGUGCACAUCCGGAACAUCCCGAAUGAUGCGUCGGACACGGACAUUGUGCACCUGGGCGUGCCUUUUGGCAAGGUGACCAACGUGCUCCAGCUCAAGGGCAAGAACCAGGCGUUCCUCGAGAUGGCCGAUGAGAACUCGGCUGUAGCCAUGGUCGACUACUUCGCCAAGGCCUCGCCGACCGUGCGUGGCCGGAUGGUCUACGUCCAGUUCUCGAACCACCGUGAGCUCAAGACGGACAACGUCCAUGGUGGUCUGGCCAACCAAGGAGGCGAAGGUGGUGGUGCUAACACGGUGCUGCGUGUCGUAGUAGACAACCAGAUCUACCCAGUUACACUGGACCUGCUACACGGCAUCUUCAGCAGGGCAGGGAAGGUCCUCAAGAUCGUUACUUUCACGAAGAGUAAUUCAUUCCAAGCCCUCAUUCAGUUCAGCGAUGUCAUGGGUGCCCAGGCAGCAAAGCUGGCGUUGGAUGGGCAGAGCAUCUACAAUGCUUGCUGCACAUUGCGCAUAGAGUAUUCCAAGUUGACCAAUCUCAAUGUUAAGUACAACAACGACAAGAGCCGCGACUUCACAAACCCCACCUUGCCCACUGGGGACCCCACCCUCGACAUUGGAUUGGCAGGUUCGUUGGGUAUACUGGCGUCCCCGUUUGCUGCCGCCGGCCCGGGCCUGACCUCCCCACUAACCGCUGCCUAUGCCGCCAGCGCCACAGCAGGGCUGCCUCUGGGUGGCUUUGCCCUGUCGCCGUCGGCUCCGUCUGCGGCGACCGCUCUAGGCAUGGCCGGUAUCCGGCUCCCGGGACAGGCCACCACCAGCAGCGUGCUUCUGGUGUCCAACCUCAAUGAACAGAUGGUCACGCCCGACGCUCUCUUUACCCUUUUUGGUGUCUACGGCGACGUGAUCAGAGUGAAGAUCCUCUUCAACAAGAAAGAUAGUGCCCUUAUUCAGAUGGCUGAGCCACAGCAAGCACAGCUUGCCUUGAGCCACCUGGACAAGAUCAAGGUGUACGGCAAGCCCAUCCGGGUGACGCCCUCCAAGCACCACAUCGUCCAGUUGCCCAAGGACGGUCAGCCGGACGCCGGUCUCACCAAGGACUACAUCAACUCUCCCCUGCACCGCUUUAAGAAGCCUGGCUCCAAGAACUACCAGAACAUCUACCCACCCUCGGCCACCCUUCACCUCUCCAACAUCCCGCCGACAGUAUCGGAAGAGCAGAUCCGGGAGGCGUUCACACAAACCGGUGGCACAGUGGUGGCCUUCAAGUUCUUCCCGAAAGACAGAAAGAUGGCUCUUAUCCAAAUGGGCUCUGUUGAAGAAUCCGUCACGGCACUCAUCAAAAUGCACAACUACCAGCUCAGUGAUUCUAAUCACCUACGGGUCUCCUUCUCCAAGUCGACAAUCUGAGCUCACCGAGCCCAGAGUCCUUCCUCCUUCUUCCCCACGUGUUCGUCUCAAGACGGGGUGUGGAGAGAUGGAGUUAGAAGGUUCUGGUGACUCCAGAGGCCGAGACUGCUGAAGAAAGAAGCAACGCAGCAGCAAAGUGGGACCCAAAAAGAAAAAAAGUAUGCGACAAAAGGCACAGUGAAACAUUGCCACGGCAAGCAGGAAAGCAAGGCAUCGUCCCAUUUUAUCUUUUUUUUUUUUUGUCGAACGGACUACAGUGUGUCACGGCGUGAUGUCGCUGGGCAUGCAUCGGUUGGGUUGUGACGUCGAGAAAGACGUCGGGGGGAGACAACAGAAACGCGGCAGGGUAAUAAUCUGCACAGGGAGGGGGUGAAAACAUUGUUUCCACAUUUUGUUUUUUAUUUGCUUUCUUUUGAUUUGAGAUUUAGCUUCUGCACCUUGUUUGUACGUAUAAAAGGCUGAGCCUGACUGUUUAAAAGGUUGUCUAUUGUGAUGACUAAAAAUUUGGAUCUUUUUUUUUCUCUUGAGGCGUGUAAAGGUGCUGCGCCUCUGCUGCUUUUGAUUUUGACUCCCAUCCUCCUUUUUUAUUGAAUUCAUCUUUACAUGUGUACAUCAUUGCGAAAGUAGUCUGCGGCGGGUCUGCAGAUUACUUUUUUUUUUUUCUUAGCAUUUUGAAUUCAGAACAACUUAAAUUCAAAAUAGCAAGCAGAAAUCAGCAGCAACAUGAGUGAUAAAUUUUCUCUGUGCAUCAACCUCCUUUCCACCUCUCCUUUUGUAGCCUUUCGCAAUAUUUUGAGAGGUGAAUCUUGACACCUGCACCUAAAAUAUAUCAGCCUGGCUGAGCCUCUCAUUUCUGCUUUGUGUGGUGGUUUUGACUUGUGCCCCUGUUGGCUGUGUGACACCUUUAGCUGGGUAAUGAAAUUAUGAUUGCAGCGUCCUGUGCACAGAAAUGUAAAGUUUGUAAGCUUGGUGCGUGCAGAGUGCAAGGCUGGGGACACAAACGAUGGUGAACCAUUUGUGCAAAACUUUUGCUGAGGAGUACUAUAGAUGUGUGAAAUUUCAAGCGCUUACGUUCACUUUGGUUUGUGGGCUGUAAAAGUAAAGAAUAAUGAGGCAGCACUGUCAACUGCAGACAUUUUGGCGGUAGUGUCAUGUGCAUCCAUGAUGUGCUACUGUAUCUGUAUGGUCUGGUGGCGUUAAUGGCGCAUGUAUUGGUAAUUACACAUGUUAGAAUAACUGGUGUAAGAUGAAAAAAAAGAAAAGGUGGUACAGACUUGCACACUGCGCUCGCGCAGCAAGCAAAGGCUGAGACUGUGUUCGGCCUGUCGUCUUGAUCACUAGUGCUGCAGGGAGAGCGACAUCAUAGCAUCACAUGGUCCUGCAAUGGUUUACUGACAAAUCUGCACUCGGUCGCGAGUUUGAUUGGUGUUUGGACUGUGGCAUAGCUCUAAGCUGCACUUCAAAUGUGUGGAGUUUUGUAAAGAGUCGAGCUGGCCCUAGUUACUUGGGAUGCUGUGUAGAGCACUGCUGUAGGCAGUAUGCUGCCAAAGUGGCGCGUCUUGGAAAAUAUUGUGGUCGCUACGAGUGCUGACCCCCUCGAAACACUCUUAUGUUCGCUCCCGCCAAACCCACCAGCUCCAAAUGAGAAACUGGAAGUGUGUUGUCACGCUGACUGCUUCCAUGGGUCUUUUAGGCCCAUGCUUAGCCAUUAUUGAGAUUACGUUGAUGGCCUAGCCUGCUCGAGCUCUGGUGUCACGUGCGGUAUGACAGCACAUGCCCUUGUGUAACAUUUUGUUAUCGCCCUCUCCCUGUCUUUUCAUUUGCCCAUCACUUUACAUGCACUUUUUAGUUUACUCUAAAAAAAAAAAAACUUUUGUCUCGCCUUUCAUUUUUUUAAGUUUCAUAGCACAGAGGAAUAGAAAAAAAGCCGUUGCUGUUGCCGCGUGGACUUUGCCUUUUGUUGCUGAGCUUUGUCACUGUUUACCACGUAAUCCUAACACAUCAUGCUAUCUCUCUUUGCAUAUGUUAUCUUCUUGUUUAGCCAAGAUAAGGGACCUGCUUUUAAAAAGCCUUGAUGCCAUCCCAGCUAGCUUGUUUUCCUCGACCAUUUUAUAUAUACAGAGUUCUUCAUUUUCUGUAUUUUUUUUCCCCUUUUGUACUGUGUAGUUCUCACAGUUAAUGUAUGAGAAGAGCUUGGUUGAAGGUUUUACUGGCUUUUCGCUUUGUUAUCUGCGACUGUCUAUGGUUCACUGGGUCUUUGUUUUUUCUCUUUAUUCUGUCUUAUGCCAUUGAUAUGUUGCGCCUUCUCAUUUUGCCACUCGGCUUUUUUUUUUUUUACUUUGGGUGCCUUCUGACUAUUUUCUGUUACAGUAUUUCAACCCUUUUUUUUUUGUUUCUUCUGCUGUGUACACUGUGGCUUAAUAUUUUUUUUAUGCCUGGGGACCAACCCAUAGGUCGCAUGGCUUCCACACUUUUUGCCUGUGCUUCUGUUUCUUAUUUUGUGUAAUAAAGCUCCACACUCUCCAUGCUUUGCCUCGUCUUUUCUUGCACCCUCCCAUAGAACUGUCUAUACCACACACGUUUCAAUCUUAGUUCAAAAUCUUUGAUUCUUGGGCUCUGCUAUUCAUGCUGUUUCAAUUCGGGGGUUGCCCUUGUGCCCUGUUGCUGCGUAGUUUGAAUCAAGGUACUGGCAUUCAUAGAAUGUACGAGGGUUUUCACUCGUCCUUUCAGCCUAUCUUAACGCAGCCUUUUGAAAGCCCUAAAAUGAUUUGUGCCUAGCCUUUGGUUGGUCAGCGUGGUGAUAGGCACGGUUACGAGGUUCGUGGUUUUGUUGUGGUGUGCAAGUGAUUACAUUUCGUCACCUCAAAGGAGAAGCAGCUUCGUCGACCUGCCGUAAAUUCUUCAGGCCUGUUCUCACAGUACCUAGCACGCAAGAGCAACGGCUUUGUCAACUCCAGCUGCCAGGAGUUUUCUAGCUUUCCAAGUUUCUUUUUCUUUUCUCCUUUUAUCCCCGCCAUGCCUUAUUCUUCUCUCCUGCAUUAUGGGGAUUUGGAAGGUGUCAGACACUCUCUUACUAGCGUAUAACCUUGUGAAUGUCUUUCACAUGUAUCUUGGUUCCUGAAGUGUUUUUCAUUUUUAGUGUCUUUUUUUGUUGGUGGUUGUGUUAACCUUGUAAUCUGCCUCAUUUGCUGCGACAGCACCCCCCUCCCUCAAGCCACUGUGGCCGAGGCAGAUCUGAACAAAAUAACAUCCCCCCCCCCCCCCAACACAUCAUCAUUCUUUAUUAUAUUGUAUCAUUUUGUUUUUUGGCCAUUCAGCAUCGUUAUCUCCUUUUAAUGGGAGUACUGGGAGGAUUCAUGUGUUUAAUUUUAUGAAAGUGAAAGAAGCGAGUAUUUUGGUGAAUAAACAUGUUGAUUUCUUUUUUUAUCAAGUACUG